AAAUAUUAUACGGUGACAUUUAAGAGAUUUAGCGCCAGUAAUGAGCCCGAAUUUCAGCCGGGAAAAGAGUACUAUUUUGUAGCAACGUCAGAUGGAAGAAAAACUUCUAUUAACAGUACAUAUGGAGGAAACUGUAGAACAAACAAGAUGAAGCUGAAAUUCCUUGUUUGUACAAGUAGUACAGAUCCGCGUUGCAAAAGUGAAGACAUGUGUAACGGUGUCUCCCCAACACAAUUGCAAACUUCAUCCAGGCCUACCAACCCACCAGUAACUGUUGAAUCUCAUUCAACUAUCAAAAACAGUUCAUGUGCCAACAAAACUCAUCCUACGACAACAAUCAGUAAUCAAGAUGAUCCUGAAAAAGAUGAUCGCGAAAAAGAAAAUGUGUUACUAAGGGAAAUGAGGUGUAAUAUUUUGGUAGGUUUUCUGGCAUGUUUGUGCUUCCUGCUUGUCCUUUCCACUAUCCUAAUGUACAAGUAUCAUCGGAAAAGAAAAAAUAGGUCUUCCUCGUCACGUGACAGUGCGUCAGUGGUGCACAAAAUCAGUAAUGACAGCGCAGAUGGAGGCGUCUGAGAGUACAUAGCUCUGAAUGAAACAAUGCCAGGCUUGUGAGAAUAACCAAGACUGGGGGACAAUUCUCGAAUGAGCGUACGGCGUUUUUUCAAGAUGUCUCAAAAUGGUUUUUUCCCACAAUUGUUCCAGCAACGGUGUGAAAAGAGCUGAAAGGAUUAACAAGAUGGAUUUUUUUCUUUAAGUAAUUAAUUACGCUUUCAUUGCACCCACGCAGAAAAUCAGGAAAGCAAACACGGUUUUGGAAUUUCUUAGAAUUUUUACACAUACAUAACAUACGUAAGAAGAUUAAUUCGUUUAUUUAUAGCCGCGCUUUUGGAAAAUAAAAAUAAAGUAUGCGCCCAUUCAGUUAAAGCAACGUUGUAAAAGAAACUGAGAGGAUAGGCCAAAAGAUCUGAUGGAUUCUUUCCUCCAGGUCAUCAAUUGCGCCUUUAACGGAACCCCGCAGAAAAUCAGACAAGAAAACGCGGUUUUUGGAAAUUUUAGAAUUCCUACACAUACACGACACACACACUAAUGUUUAUUGGUUUAUUUAUGGCCACGCUUUCGAAAAAUCAAAGAAUAAAGUAAAUGCUUAUCCAUG